CGCCUUACGACUCCUUUCCAGUCACUAUGGUCUAGCUCCGAUGCAAGGAUCCAGUAUGGCCGAGAGGGAGGAGGAAUGAAACAUACCCACUCUUCAAAUAGUGAGCCUCGACUCCAUGUAGUUAAAGAUGACACAGUAGUUUGCAAUUAUUAUCAUUUUUCCUUAGCGAUAGUAAAGUUCUGUACAUGGUCGUGGCCUACACGCAAGAAGCUCGUAGACUAUUCUUUUUUCAUCCGAAGCCAUUCUGCACGGCAUAAUCAAUCAAUGAGGACGUCCCAUCAAUCAUGGUAUUUUCGGAACAACUCCUGCUUGUGCAUUCCAUCACGGGCAUUAUUGAGUUUGAUUGUCCGCAACUUCGGUCAUCACCGUGGUGCUUAA